AGAAAAACUUCAAAAACUUUCAAUUUCAUAUAAUUAACAAUACCUCAAAAAAAAAUUAUAUUUUAAAGUAUAAAUCAAGGUUAAAGCAAUUAAAAUAGGAUUUAUUUAAUCUAAACAUAAUUUAAAAUGAUGAUAGCAGAUACUUCAUCUAUCACUAUUUAGUAGUAUUAGAAAUAGAUAGAGAAUCAGCACAAAGAGCAAAAAAAAUAAGAUACUGAGAUAUAUGUGUGGGGAACGGAUAAAUAUGGAUAAUUAGGAUUAGGGCAUAAGCACUAAGGAAAGAAUUAUACUAUUCCAAAAAUAUGCUGUUACAAUCUUAUAAUUCGUACCGUAUCAUGCGGAGAAGAACACUCGGCAUUUAUAACAUAAAGAGGCCAUAUUUAUACAAUCGGAAGUAAUGAAGAUGGUAAGCUAGGAAUAUCUACAAAAUCAAUAACUUCUUCAUCUACACCUUGUUUAGUAGAAGAUUUAUCAAAGAUAAAAUGUUUAAGCUUGAGCUGCGGAUAAUCUCACACUAUCGCAGUUAUGUAAAACGGAGAAGUUUAUGGAUGGGGAGAUGGAUCUUAUGGUUAACUAGGUAACGGAAGCCAAGAAUCAAGAUUUGCUCCUACUAGGAUUGUUUCUGAAAAUAAUGAAUUUAUAUAAGUCUAAUGUGGAUCAAGACAUACGAUUUUAUUGGAUCUAAAGAAAAAAGCAUAUGUUUGUGGAAGUAAUGAAAAUGGAUAACUUGGUUUAAGAAGUACUAAAAUAGAGUUAUUUAUCAAAAAAUUAGAUAAUAAAGGGUUUAUAGAAGCUGCUUGUGGAUAAUUCCAUUCUCUGUUAUUGGAUGAAUAGGGAAGAGUUUAUUCAACAGGGGCUAAUUCGUUUGGAUAAUUAGGAAUUGGUACAAAAAAUAAUUAGUAUGAAUUCACAUAAAUCAAUAGUUUAGAAGGAGAAUAAAUUGUAAAGAUAGCUGCUGGUAGCCACAGUGCAGCUUUAAAUAAAAAAGGGGAGAUGUAUAUUUGGGGAACAGGAGUCUUUGGAGAAUAUUUAUUUCCCAAUAAAAUAAACAGACAUAGUUCAGGAACAACUUUCUCUGAUAUCUCAGUUGGAAAUUUUUUUGCGGCAGCUGUAGAUAUUAAUGGAGCUGUAUGGACUUGGGGUGCUAAUUCUAAUGGUGAGCUAGGUUAGGGAGAUUAUGAACCUAAAACAUUACCUUAAACUCUAUAAGCACUUAAAGGAAGACAUGUCCAAAAAAUAUGUUGUGGAGGAGGUUUUGCAAUGGCAUUAGGCUACAAAUUACCAAAAGAAAAUAAAUAAUAAUAAAAUGUAAACGAUAAAACAAUUGAUAAAAGCAUUAUAGAUAAAAGUACUUUAGAAAAGAGCAAUUAUUACUCAACAUAAUCACAUUAAAUGUUAUCUAUGAAACAUGAUGAUUUAAGAUAGUAACAUGAUUUAAAUAAUAUUUUGAAAAACUACUCUUCUGUAUCUAAUCAUAUUUCAAUAAAACCAAACUUAAACUAAAAUUAUUCUAUGAUUGUAGAAAGAACUGCUCCAAAAUUAAAAGAAACGUCACAUUCUCCUCUAUAAAAAUCACUAUACUUAGAGAAAAGGACAAACAAUUCAACUUCAACAACUAAAAAACUAUAAAAACCAAGUGUCUCUCCAUCAACUUCAAGCUAGAAAGUACUUAAAGAAAAUAAUGGAGCAACAGUUUUUGAUAAAAAGAGAAAGAAAUCUGUUGAGCGAUUAUGCUAGUAUUAAAAAGAAAACUAAACUCUAGAUUAUAAGCAACUCUAUCAUGUUCCUUCAAAUAUAGAUUAAAGAUCACUCUCUAUGUCUAAAUCAAGAAAAAAAUCAUCGACAAUUUCAACUUCAGCAUCUAUUAAUACAAAUAAAAUUAAUAAUCAUCAAUUUAAUUCAAAUGUUAACAAAGAAAAUAUUGGUGAUGAAUGCAUAUCAUCUAAAAGAAUAAGCAAAAAAUCGUUACACUCUACUUUACAAUUAGAUGAUGAUUAAAUAGAAAGAUACAAUAAAAAAAUAACAGAUUUAGAAAAAAAACUUUCUAAAGAAGUAGCUGAGAAAAAGACAUUAAAGUAAGAGAUAAGCAUCCUUAAAGAAAACUUAGAUGAAAUAUAAUUUGGUUAAUAAGGCUUGAAUGAGAUUAAUGAAACAAUGCAAAAAUAAUACACCAAGCUCUAUAAUCUAUAAAACGAUUAUGAUAAUUUACUUGUGAAGUAUUAGGAAAAGGAAUAAUAUCAUGAAAACAGCUAAACAGAUUUAUACAAAUGCAAAGAAUAGAUAAAUUAGCUCCUUAAAGAGCUUAAUUAUGCUAAAGAAGAAUCAAUCAAAAAAGAAAAAGAAAUAUUUUAACUAAAAGAUGAGAUUAUUCUUCUAGCUGAUGAUAAAAGGAAUAGCAAGCAAUAGCAAAACCAGUAAUAUGAAAGUUUGAUUAAACAGUUAUAAAUUGAACUUUCAGAUUGCAAAGCUUAGACAGGCUCAUACAAAAAUAUAUCUGAUACUUAUAGGUAGGAAAUAGAAACACUACGUAGAGCUAUAGAAAGUUACAAAGAAACAGAAGAAAUAGAAAGAAGACAAAGAGAGGAAAUUUUUAGAUAAAACGAGCUUCUUAAAAAAGAACUUGAUACAUAUAGAUCCAAAUUAGAUGACUCUCAUCGAGAGACAUAGGAAUAUAUUGCUGAGUUAAGAAGAGUAAAGAAAGAAAAAGAGUAAAAUAAUAUAAAUUAUAUUUAAUUAGAAGAUACUAUAAGAGAUUUAGAUCAUCAAAAAAAGAAGCUUUUGAUUGAGAAAAAUUAACUAGAAAGUGAUUUAUUGAAUUUGAGAGAGAAGAUUGAGGCAACUGAAAGAUAAGAAGUGGUUGCUGAAUAAAAAAUUAAUUAAUUAGUUUAGAUUAAAUAGACAUAUGAGUUCGAUAACGAAAAGCUAAAGCAUGAUUUAAAUCUUAAAAUAAAUGAGUUAAAUAAUUUAAAUGACAGAGUCUCUUCUCUUACUUAAAAACUUUAGGAUAUGGAAGAAAAGAAUACUUAAUUAACUGUCCUUCUUAACUAAGAAAUAGACAAACAAGCUAUGCAAUUUAAAUAAAGCAUGGAUAGUUAAUCUUAAUUGCUCAACUCAACUGGAAAAAAGCCAAUUUCAACUACAGAUUUAAUUUUAAACAACUAAUUUAGCCAUUCAAGCAAAAAAUCUGCUAAUAAACCAGCUGAUAAUAGCAACAUUCUUAUUAAAUCGCUCAUUUAUUCUGAUUAAAAAUAAUUUGAGAAUUAAAUUAGUGAUCUUUAAAAGUCAUUGAAACAUCAAAGAUCUAAAUCCAUAGACUCUUGUUUUAAUAUUACUUAAAAAACAGGAUCUAACUUAUAUAAUUAAUAAAAUUAAAUUAAUUUAAAUAACUAAUUUGGUUAAAUUAAUACUUAGCCUUUUGACUCUAAUUUAAAAAAUUCUUAAAAAUCUUUAGAAAAUCUUCAUAACUUAAGCAACUUUUCAGGAGAUCCAUUACCUACUUUUAGCGAAUAUGAUUUUUCUAAUACCAAAAACAAGGAUUUAAUUUUUAAUUCUGCUAAAAAAUCGGUAAACAGAAGUGAUGAAAAAUACUCAUUUACACCUGAAUAAGUAUAAAAGAACCACAUUUAUAUAUAGGAGAAUUACGAGUAAAAGAACCAAUAGCAAAAUUAAUACAAAGUAAGAAGCGCUUCUGCUUAAAAGCUACUAAAUUUGAUAGAAAGGACAGGAGAUUAAGUGAAUAAGAAAAGAGAAGUAUCUCCUUUCAAAAAAACACCUGAAAAAGCUGUAACCUUUUCCAACAUAAACCAGACAUCCCCCUUUACAAAUCAUCAUCAAAAUUCGAAGAGCAAUAAAAAAUAAUAGUUAGAAUAAAUUUAGGAAGAAAAACCUCUUGAAGAAACUUAUUAAUCUAAGGAUUUGCUUGAAUUAACAAAUGUACGCUAGAGAUUAGCAGAGAUGAGAAAAACAAAAGACAUGGUCUUUUCUCGUAUGAUGGAUUUUGACACAAAAAUUAAAAAAUUUACUGAAUAGUAAGAAAAAAUACUAAAAAAUAAUUGAUUUAAAAGAUUCAUUAAUUAAAUAAAGUAUAUUUAGCAUUAAACUAUAAUAAAUUCAAAUUAUAAAAUUAAAGAUAAUUAUAUAUUAAAUAGCUUGUGAAUAAUUAAUUAACUAACUGUAUGUACAUAUUUUUCUAUCCAUUUACAUCUUAUGUAAUAUUUGUUAUAGAUUU